AUGUCCCUCGCACAGAAGACCCGGGGACAGCUCACUCAGAACGCUACGGAGGAGCAGAAGUCUCCCACCGCAGAACAGACGCUGAAAGAUUUUGUUGCGGAGGAUCCAGACUCUCGUUACACGUUCGACAGUGAACGCGGCGCACCAAAAUCUGAGAUUUUCCGAGAAGGGAAGGAGAAGGGUCGGAAAUGCAUCAUGGUGCAAAUGCACUCAACACGGAUGUUCCAGGCAAUGCAGGAUCAAGAUUUCUUUUGCGCCUUGCCCAUGGACCCUUCGCGGACGCACAUCGAAUGCACCCGGUUGCCCAAGAAUUGA